UAAACUAUAUAAAAUUUUACACAUCUAAUAAAAGUGUUAAAUUAUUAAAGCUACUAGAAAUGGCUGUGAAUAUUUUUGUACCUUUGGUCAUCAUCUUGGCAACUUGUGUAUACUUGUACUCGAAAAAGAAGUUCUUGUACUGGAAAGACCGAAAUGUUUACCAUAUGGAACCAACUUUCUUCUACGGAAAUAUAAAAACAGUAAUCAAAGACCAUGCCCAUUUAACAACAGUCGUACAGAGACUGUACGAUGAGGCUAAGACGUUAAAGAAAAGGUACUGUGGGUUUUAUACUUUUUUUCAACCACAUUUCGUGCCUGUAGAUAUUGAAUUGGUGAAAGGUAUACUCCAAAAUGAUUUCGAUAAUUUUUUAAAUCGCGGACGAUAUUUCAACGAAAAAGCUGAUCCUUUAUCUGGUCAUCUGUUCAAUUUAGAAGAUGAGAAAUGGAAGAAGCUGAGGAUUAAGCUUACUCCUAUAUUUACGUCAGAGAAACAUUAAGAAAACAUCCACCACUGGGCAUCCUCGUUCGUAUAUGUAACAGAGAUUACAAGCUGUCAAAUGACGAUCUUAUUUUAAAAAAGGGAACUAUGGUUAGUAUUCCUAUCCAGGCUAUACAAAGAGAUCCAGAUUAUUACCCAGACCCAGAAAAAUUUGAUCCGGAGAGAUUCAAUAAAGAAAAUAUAAAUCAAAGACCUGCGUUCUCUUAUUUGCCGUUUGGUGAAGGUCCACGUAUCUGCAUAGGUAUGAGGCUUGGAAAACUACAGUCAAAAAUAGGACUAAUCACUUUGCUGAAAAACUAUCGUAUUACUUUCAAUGAAAAAACAAAGUUGCCAUUGACAUUAGCAUUUGCCACGAUAUCCAUGCCUAAAGAUGGAAUAUGGGUCAAUCUGGACCCCAUACGUAACUGAGCGAGUGUGUAAUACCUUUAAACAGUAUCUUUACUAUUAUUAUCGUAUAAUUUUAUUGUA